AUGGGUGCAAGGGUCUACUUCUAUCACCACAUCCUCCACGACUGGUCAGAUUCUUACUGCCUCGAGAUUCUUGAAAAUGCCACAGCGGCAGUGACACCAGGCUACUCGAAGCUCCUUAUACAUGAGAUGGUUGUGCCGGGAACAAGAGGCAUCGCAGUUCCAGGCACAAUUAGAUAUGACAAUGAUGGCUUUCAACUCCGGCAUGGAGCGCACGGCACAGCAGUGACGUGAACUGUUGGAGAAGGCUGGGCUUACGGUGGUUAAGUUGUGCGACCCGAUCGAUGAGGGUGGUGAUGGA